AUGCUGACUCCAAAUAUGAUUAGAAGCAUACAAAGGCUCAGUGCCAGGUCGAACCAUUCGGUAUUUCUUGCAUCUUCACUUCGAUGCAAGACGAUGAAUUUCACAUCUUCUCAACCUGCUACCCCCGCAGCCUUCAUUUCGGCCCUUCCUCGUUUGCACUCAUGCCGACAACUUCAAACUUCUGCUCCACGAUAUCAUGGACAUGUACAUAAACCAAAACCAGGUGAGGAGCUCCACAUCACUUUUAUAACUAAAGAUGGCAAGCAACAUACUUAUGAAGUUGCAGAAGGCGACAAUAUCUUGGAUAUAGCACAAGCAAAUAACUUGGAUAUGGAAGGUGCUUGCGGUGGCUCUUGUGCUUGCUCAACUUGUCACAUCAUUGUUGACCCAGAAUUUUAUGAUGAGAUUCCAGAGCCCGAUGAUGAUGAGAAUGAUAUGUUGGAUUUAGCAUUUGGAUUGACAGAGACUAGUCGGUUGGGAUGUCAAGUCAAGAUGACUAAAGAGUUGGAUGGACUAAGAGUUGCAUUGCCAGCAAUGACUAGGAAUUUACAAAAUAAAGAUUUCAAUUAG